UGCUGCACCGCAGUCUGUGGAGAAGCUGGCUCAUACGGGGAGGUCGUCAGGAGGCUGGAGUUGCUAGUUGGAGCUACAAGGUUUUGGAAAACGCCGCAAAACCUGCUUUACUCCUUCUGCCAUGGACGGCAUAUAAUGUUUUCACGACGAAUGGAGCUAUUGUUCAUCAUUAUCGUCUUUGGGUACCAAUGAAACUUGGCUGACAUGGUGAAUUGAGAUGAAAUCGAAGUUCCUUGCUGGACAACCAGGAGAGCUAACAUUAUUCAUACUGAUGGACCUAACCCAGCCAGGCGACGUAUUAACUCAGCAACUAAGUUAGUCCGGAGUUUUAGUUCAAACCCUCGCGUUUACACUAGGCAUAUUUCUUAUUUAUGUAAUAAAUUAGACUUAAUGUUCUGUGUGAUUUAUCCAUGAGCUAAUGUAACGUUAUUUGAUAUGUGUUUUAACCACAGUCAGUGUCGCUAACGUUAGAUAGCAUUGGAGAGCUACAGUCAGAAAAGCUAUUCUUCAAACAGACAGUAACGUUAACUGAGCUAGCAAAGAUACUACGACUAGGUUAAAUCAUGACAGAUUUAUUUUGUUGAUGCACAGCCUGUUCACUGCACGCAAGUACAGUUGGUGAGUCAAAAAAGACGAAUUAAGUUUUUGUCAUGAAAUGAAAUUCAGGAGUAAGUGAGGAUAUUGACUUGCCCUUGCACUGUUUUGUACCCAUAGUUAGUAGCUUGCAAGCUAACUAGCCAACUGCCAGUCUAGUCGCCAAACAAACCAACUGGUCAAUGUAUUUUAAGUCUGUGAUAAGUAACGUUAACGUAGCAAGCGGUAGACAGCUUAGCAGUCUUGGCACAUAAGCCGGUGGAUAAAAGGACCUAAGAGGCGUAACCACAAUGCAGAACCCCGUCAAUCAGUAGAAUUACGCGUUAUUGCCUUCAUCACUGGAAUAGUUGCGACCUGUCAUAACAUUUCAAAUAUGUAACUGGCUGUCUAGAAAAUAAACUGCAACAGAAGCCCACCUUUGCUCAACGUGUUAGCUUACUGCUAACGUUAGCUAACUUCAGGGGGAUGAGUCGUUUGUGUUAACGUUAGCCAACAUAACGUUUAUCAACGUGGCUUAGCUAAUAGCUUACAGCUACCUCAGUCGCAGAGUAAUAAUAUCACUCUGGAUAUUAGGACACCGUUUGUCUGAAGAAACAUCCUAGGUUCGAGAGCAAAAAUGUCGGGGGAAGUUCGUUUGAAGAAGCUGGAAAAGCUUGUCCUGGACGGUCCUGUCCAGUCCAGCGGACAGUGCUUCAGCGUGGAAACGCUUCUGGAUAUUCUUAUUUGCCUGUACGACGAAUGCAUCAACUCCCCGCUCCGAAGAGAGAAGAACAUAUCGGAAUUUCUUGAAUGGGUCAAGCCGUUCACCUCCAAAGUGAAGCAGAUGCGGCUGCAUAAGGAGGACUUUGAGAUCUUGAAGGUGAUUGGCCGAGGAGCCUUUGGAGAGGUUGCCGUGGUGAAGGUGAAGAAUGCAGAUAAAGUGUUUGCCAUGAAGAUCCUCAACAAGUGGGAGAUGCUGAAGAGAGCUGAGACGGCGUGCUUUCGGGAGGAACGGGACGUGCUGGUGAACGGUGACAACCAGUGGAUCACCACGCUGCACUACGCCUUCCAGGACGACAACUUCCUGUACCUGGUGAUGGAUUACUACGUGGGCGGUGACCUGCUGACCCUGCUUAGUAAAUUUGAGGACCGUCUGCCGGAGGACAUGGCUCGCUUCUACCUGGCCGAGAUGGUGCUGGCCAUCCACUCUGUCCAUCAGCUUCACUACGUCCACAGGGACAUCAAGCCAGACAACAUUCUUCUGGACGUGAACGGACACAUCCGCCUGGCAGACUUCGGCUCCUGCCUCAAACUAAUGGAGGAUGGCACGGUGCAGUCGUCUGUGGCGGUGGGCACCCCCGACUACAUCUCCCCAGAGAUCCUGCAGGCCAUGGAGGAGGGGAAGGGGCGCUAUGGGCCCGAGUGUGACUGGUGGUCACUGGGCGUCUGCAUGUACGAGAUGCUCUACGGGGAGACCCCUUUCUAUGCAGAGUCCCUCGUGGAGACCUACGGCAAGAUCAUGAACCACAAGGAGCGGUUCCAGUUCCCAGCGCAGUCGGAGGCGUCUGAGGACGCCAAGGACCUGAUCCGGCGGCUGAUCUGCAGCCGAGAGCAUCGUCUGGGCCAGAACGGCCUGCAGGACUUCAAGCAGCACCCUUUCUUCACAGGCAUCGACUGGGACAACAUCCGCAACUGUGAGGCCCCCUACAUCCCCGAGGUCAGCAGCCCGUCCGACACAUCCAACUUCGAUGUGGAGGACGACUGCCUCAAGAACACGGAGACCAUGCCCCCUCCCUCUCAUACCGCCUUCUCUGGACACCACCUUCCUUUUGUGGGUUUCACCUACACCAGCAACUGCUCGCUGUCGGACCGCGGCUGUCUGCGUGAGUGGGGGGGCCCGGGCCCGAUGGACGUCGGGGUGCAGCGCAGCCUGGAGGAGAGCCUGGCGGUGGAGGCCUACGAGCGACGGCUGCGCAGGCUGGAGCAGGAGAAGCUCGAGCUCAGCCGCAAACUGCAAGAGGCCACUAAGACGGUGCAGGCCCUGCAGUACUCUAGUGGAGACGGACCCGUCAGCACCACCAAGGAGUUUGAGAUCCGCGGCCUCAAGGAGGAGAUCGAGAGCUUGAGGAAACAGAUUGCAGACUCGGGUCACUUGGAGCAGCAGUUGGAGCAGGCCGGCGCGGCGAGGCGGGACCUGGAGGAGUCGUCCCAGCGUCUGCGCUCACUCGAGAAGCAGAUCAAGAGCAUCAAACAGGAGAGGGACGACAUACAGAAGGAGCUGGCGGAGCAGAGUGAGCGUGUGAAGUCUCAGGGUAAGGACCUGAAAGAGGCGCACAGCCAGAGGAAGCUGGCCAUGCAGGAGUUCUCGGAGAUGAGCGAGAAGCUGACCGACCUGCGCUCCACCAAGCAGCGCCUGGCCCGCCAGCUCCGCGACAAGGAGGAGGAGAUGGAGGCCCUGGGGCAGAAGAUGGAGGCCAUCCGCCAGGACGUACGCAAGACCGAGAGGGCCAAGAAGGAGCUGGAAGCACAGGCUGAGGAGCAGGCUGCGGAGGCCCAGAAGGAGAAGAAACUGAGAGAACGAAGCGAACAGUACAGCAGACAGCUAGAGGAGGAGCUGGAGAUGAUGAAGCAGAAGCAGAUGGGUCGCACUCCGAGCGUGUCGUCGUCGGCCCCCGAGCAGCAGCAGGAGCUGGGCCGUCUCCGUGGCGACCUUGAGAAGCAGACGGUCCUGCACGAGGAAGAGUUGGUGCGUCGCGAGGCGCAGUACACCAGCGAGCUGAAGAACCUGAAGAAGGAGCUGCACGAUGCUGAUGCCCAGCAGGUGGCGCUCAGCAAGGAGAUCCUGGUGCUCAAAGACAAGCUGGAGAAGACGCGCCGAGAAAGCCAAAGUGAGCGUGAGGAGUUUGAAACGGACUACAAGCAGAAGUAUGAGAGGGAAAGGGUCCUGCUCACCGAGGACAACAAGAAGCUCUCCAGCGAACUCGACAAGUUGACAUCCCAGUAUGAGAAGCUGAGUGCGAGUAAUAAGCAGCUGGAGGAGGAGCUUAGAGAGCUGUCCGACAAGAAGGAGAGUGUAGCCCACUGGGAGGCCCAGAUCACCGAGAUCAUCCAGUGGGUGAGUGAUGAGAAGGACGCUCGUGGCUACCUGCAGGCUCUGGCCACCAAGAUGACUGAGGAGCUGGAGGGACUGAGGAGCAGCAGCCUCGGAGCCAGGGGGACGGACAUGCCAUGGAAGAUGCGUCGGCUGGCCAAGCUGGACAUGUCUGCUCGGCUUGAGCUGCAGUCUGCCCUGGACGCCGAGAUCAGAGCCAAACAGGCCAUCCAGGACGAACUCAACAAGGUCAUGGCCGACAACUUGAGCACCGAAUGCAAACUGAAGGAGUCUGAUGGCAAGAACCAGGAGCUCCAGGCUGAGAUCGAAAGGCUCAAACGUGAGACUGAGGAGCUGCGCAUGGGAAAGGGAGUAAAACACCAGGACUCCCAGAAUUCCUUCCUUGCCUUUCUGAAUGCACCUACCUCUGCGCUGGAUCAUUUUGAUCGUUCCCCUGCCUGUGGUCCAACUAGCAAAGGCAGAAGAAUUGACUCCAUUGAUAACUUCAGCCUGUCCAACACCCCGUCACGUGAGGACGAUGCCAAGUCUGGCCAGCUCAUUUCGCGCUCGCGCUCCCCCUCCACCACCAGUGACGUGGAGCCCAUGGAGGGGACUGAGCGCACAGCUACCCCAACCAUGCGGUCCACGUACAGUGGGUCCAGCCUAGGACCAAAGCCACGUGCCCAUCAGUUUGUGGUGAAGUCCUUCAACACCCCCACCAAGUGUGGCCAGUGCACCUCCCUCAUGGUGGGCCUCAUCCGGCAGGGCUGCACCUGCGAAGUGUGCAACUUCUCGUGUCAUGUGACCUGUGCGGACAAGGCCCCGGCAGUGUGUCCGAUCCCCCCUGACCAGACCAAAGGCCCUCUGGGCAUCGACCCCCAGAAGGGCAUCGGCACUGCCUACGAGGGACACGUGCGGGUUCCGAAGCCGGCGGGUGUAAAGAAGGGCUGGCAGCGAGUGCUUGCGGUGGUGUGUGACUUCAAGUUGUUCCUGUACGACGUGGCCGAGGGCAAGGCGGCCCAGCCCAGUGUAGUAGUCAGCCAGGUCAUGGACAUGAGAGAUGAGGAGUUCUCCGUCAGCUCAGUGCUGGCAUCUGACGUCAUCCACGCCAACAGGAAGGACAUCCCCUGCAUCUUCAGGGUGACGGCGUCCCAGCUUGCAUCGGCGGCGGGUGGCAGGAAGUGCUCGGUGCUGCUGCUGGCCGACAGCGAAUCAGAGCGCAGCAAGUGGGUGGGGCUCCUGAGCGAGCUACAGCGGCUGCUACGCAAGAACAAGCUGAAGGAGCGCUCGGUGUACGCGCCCAAGGAGGCCUACGACAGCGCCCUGCCCCUCAUCAAGGGCACGCAGACCGCCACCAUCAUAGAUCAUGAACGGAUCGCUCUGGGGAAUGAAGAGGGGCUGUAUGUUAUUCAUGUUACCAAAGAUGAGAUCAUCCGCGUGGGUGACAAUAAGAAAGUGCACCUCAUCGAGCUCGUCCCGUCGGAGCAGCUUCUGGCCGUGGUGUCCGGUCGCAACCGGCACGUGCGUCUGAUCGCGGCCUCGGCGCUGGACGGGCGCGAGAGCGAGGCCUACAAGCUGGCGGAGACCAAGGGCUGCCAGGCGCUCUGCUGGGGGCUGCUGAGGCAGGGCGCGGCGCUCAGCUGCCUGUGCGUGGCGGUCAAGCGGCAGGUCAUCGUCUACGAGCUGAUCAAGACACGCACGCGACAGCGCAAGAUCAAGGAGCUGCAGGCACCCGCAGCUGUCCAGUGGAUGGCCAUCAUGAGCGACAGACUCUACGUCGGCUACCAGGCGGGUUUCAUGCGUUACAGCGUGCAGGGCGACGGCUCCCCGGCGCCCCUGCUGCACCCGGACGACCACACGCUGGGCUUCAUCGGGCAGCAGGGUCUGGACGCCCUGUGUGCCGUGGAGAUCUCCACCAAGGAGCUGCUGCUCUGCUUCAGCAGCGUCGGCGUCUACGUGGACUGCCAGGGACGACGCUCACGCCAACAGGAGCUCAUGUGGCCCGCAGUGCCCUCCGCCUGCUGUUACAGUGCCCCCUACCUGUCAGUGUACAGUGAGAACGCAGUGGACGUGUUUGAUGUGAACACCAUGGAGUGGAUCCAGACCAUCCCUCUGAAGAAGGCUCACCCGCUAAACACAGAUGGCUCAUUGAACCUUCUGGGGUUGGAGACGGUUCGCCUCAUUUACUUUAAGAACAAGACAGCAGAGGGCGAUGAGCUGGUGGUUCCUGAGACAUCGGAUAACAGCCGCAAGCAGAUGGUGCGCAGCAUGAACAACAAGAGACGCUUCUCAUUCAGAGUACCGGAGGAGGAGAGGAUACAACAGAGGAGGGAGAUGCUGAGAGACCCAGAGAUGAGAAGUAAAUUGAUCUCCAAUCCCACCAACUUCAACCACGUGGUGCACAUGGGACCAGGAGACGGCAUCCAGAUCCUCAAAGACCUGCCCAUGCCGGGCUCCCCCCUGCCCUCCCCCCGCUCUCGCCUCAUCUCCACGCCCACCAGCUUUGAGCAUGUCUAUCACAUGACCCCUCUCUCUGCCGACAACUUCCUGUCUCAAGACUCCAGCGCCCUCUCCUCUCGAUCCCCGUCCCUAAGCUCCGCCCCCGGGACCCCCGCCUCCACCUGCUCUCUGAAUGUCCGGCCCCAGGAGAGCCGUGGGGUUCUAGGAGGGUCCGUCAGCAUCCCCACCAUCGCCAAGACCCGACCGGAACCGGGACGGUCCAUGAGUGCAAGCAGUGGCCUCGGAACACGUUCUUCUCAGAACGGCAGUGCUCUGCGGCGCGACUUCUCAGGUGGGAGCUACGGCUCGGGGAAGCGGCAGAUGACCUCUCCCUCAGAAGGCUCGCUGUCCUCAGGGGGCGGCGGCCUGGACUGUGGGGGGGACGCUCCCAUCUCCCAGUUUGACCGUGACGAUUCGGACUCCCCCCGCCACUCGACGGCCUCCAACAGCUCCAACCUGAGCAGCCCCCCCAGCCCAGCCUCCCCCCACAAGCCCAAGUCCCUCUCCCUGGAGAGCAGUGAGCGCAUGGGAUGGGAGACAUGAGUCAUACCCCUCCCCCCCUCCCUCACCAAACCUCCAACCUGACCCCCCCACACACCCCAUCCAUCCCCCAGAGCCGGGGACUCUGUCGCUUUGCCGCUCCGAGGACCUCCGUAUCCUACAUACCCCACUUAAUGCUUCAGCCACAUGCGGCAGACUGGGCACCUAGAAGGACUGAGCACCCUGAAAGACGUUAUACCCCAGAAAGCCGAAGUCCCUGGGAGUGUGUGUGUGUGUUUCCCCCUGCCUGAUGCACUUGGUUAAUCAGGCUGGAUUGUUCUGUGUGUGUGUGUGUGUGUGUGUGUGUGUGUGUGUGUGUGUGUGUGUGUGUGUGUGUGUGUGUGUGUGUGUGUGUGCGCGCGUGUGAACAUGUGUUUCAAGGGUUUACUUGCACAGAUGGAUGUGCAACCCCAUUCGACCCCUUGCGCAAAAAAAAAAAAACAGCCUUGAUGCGUCACCACUGUUUGCCUGCGGACAGAAGGGACUGGUCGCUGCAGUGGCCAGUGGCCGCACUCACUAGCCUCCCGUCGCUAACGCUAACUACUCAAAACCCGCCGUGAGGAGGCUGAUGGUUUUACACGCUGACAGGAGACAGAAAAACCAUCACCAGGGGCUGAGGGACUGCCCCUCCAUAAGACCCCUUCCCGUCUAACUGGCUGUGACGGCAAGACCUUUUCCUCUCUGUGUUGGAGUGAGCGAAGAAACACUGACUGAAAGGCAAAAUGUUAAGGUUCUCAGCUGAGAAAAAAAAAACUUAAAGCUUUCAUUUAAGAACACUAAAUUUGGACCUGUUCUCGGCUUUUGCUCCUAUCCUCAGGUGAGAUAUACACACAUACACACACUCACACACACACACACACACACACACACACCUGUGUGUGAUACCUGCAAGUGUGCAGGUGUGUCUCACCUGUAGGCUGGGCGGAGUUUAGACGUGUAUAUAGCGUGUGUUUAGAGGAUAAUAUAUUAGCACAGGAAACACUACCCCCAGUGAGAGAGACAACUGGCGGAGGUCACUGCUAGCUUCUCAUUUGACUUUUUGUGUCAAACGGUUGAAGUUCCAUCAACACCUGGUGUAAUGAGUGUUGUUUUUUUUUUUUUAAUUAUUGUUAUUAUUAUUUUUAUUCUUUAAUUUUAUUAUAGGUUGUUAAUCUUCAAGCUCGAGUACACAACCCAUUAGCUAAAGCUGGAUCAGUUAAACAGGAUGUGGCACAGCAUUGAGAAAAAAAAAGAAUACGCUAUUUUAACCAAUUUGGCACAUGUAUGCUGAUUCUCACACACACACACACACACACACACACACACACACACAAUCACUUGUCCUGUGCAGAAUGUAUUUUGCAGCCUUUUCCCCUUGCUUUGGUUGGCCCUCUCUGAAGCAAUAACGCUAUCUCCAAAGAAGUUAAGUGAGAUCACUACUUAUUUUUAAACUAUUUUAUUUACAUGUUUCAGUGCUACAUUUUUUGUUUUGUUAUUACAUUAAGUGUGUUUACUAUGAUUGUUUGUUUUUGAGCACCCCACAAGUCAUAAAAACAAAUACCAAACAUGUUUGAUAUGAUUUAUAUUCAUGUUAUGAAUAAUUUAACCCUGUGGAUUGUUUCAUUUGUCUCUGAACACUUGAUUUGCUAUUCAUUUGACUGCAUGGGUCACAACGAUUUCCAAGAUCCACCUAGCCACUUCAGUACACACCGCCCACACACACACACUCUUUCUAGAGUAUACUAGUUUACCACAAAGGUGUGCCGCACCGAGUAUGCGUACCUACAAUGUGCGUAAAGCUGCAUUAUAAUAUUUCAGUGUUAUUUUGCCUUAUGUGGCAGAUCAGCUGAUCACUUUGGGACUAGAAGUGGUCUGAGAGGAGCUGGGCCAGGGAUUGAGGAGACGGCAGCCGGUUCUAGAGCGGAACCAGGGCAGGUCCACUCGGAGUUCGGCUGCCGUUGGGCCAUUCACAAGCCCUGUAUCCGUCUCCCUGGAUACUAGCACUUAGAGAGACACACCACUAUUAUUUUGACCACAGCAUUUAACUACACACCACUGCAGCUGAUUGGCUGACCUUCCGUACUUUUCGUUGUCAUUCCAUUUUUCGCUACAUUCUGGAAUGGUAAGGGACUCACCAUGGCAACUAGUUAUUCCAUAUUUUGUAUGACCUGAAAUCACAUUCUGACUCUAUUGGUGAAGCUGAGCUUGGCAGUUUCCAAAUGCAACUUUGUAUCCUUAGACGUGUUGGGGCCUGAAAAGCACAAGGUUGUGUAAGUGGACCAGUUUGGCCAUGUUCAGUAAACAGGUUGUGAAGAACUCAUUUAAAAAAAACAAAAAAAAAAAACAACAUGGAGUAUGUUAUCCAUGUGUACUGUUGCGCAUCGCUGCCUAUUUUUCCAGCAGUGGUGCCAACAUUUCAAACAGCACAGCCUCAGAUCGUGCUCAGCCUUCUCGAGCUGUGUCCUGUGGUCUAAUGCAAGAGCUGUAGGAGUCCUCGCUAGCGGAGACCAAGGUCAAGAGUUCAGACAGGUGAAACGUGGGUGGAAACACAUUAGCCUGCUGUAUGGCAGGCAGCAGUUUCCCUUGUGUUGGCUCAUCUUGUGCUCUACGGUGACUGUGUCUUCUGUCUCCAGUCCAAAACCCCAUGGUGCAUGUGUGUUUUGCUUGAGUGCCUGGGUUCCUCCUAGUGUUUUCAAUGCACUGAUGUUUUACACUAGAGCUGAAUGAGAAGCAUUUCAAAGACACUAUGAAAAAAAAAAAACCCUCGCGUUUCUGAACAUUUCAUAUCUUACAGUCUGAAGGUCACCCCUAAAGGUUUCCUUUAACGUUUUGUCAGAAACGUUGUCUUAACGUUGAACUAGCAUGGUGUUAUUAAAUCUCGAUAGAUGCCACUCAUAUUGAUCUGGAUGGCAUAAGAGAGGUGUUACUUCCUCCCCUUCUCCACUGACCACUCUCUCCCUCUUGUGUUGAGAUAAGCUCUGUGUGAUUGGCUCCUCUAGGGACGACUGACCCAUUUGGUUUGGGUUUUAGCCGAAGUUAUGAAACAGCUAAUAGUGAUGUUGAUGAUGAUGAUGAUGAUGAUGAUGAUGAUUUAUAAACUCAGGUAUGUGAAAACCAAUGAUUUAUUUUUAAAGCGAAGAGUGAGAGGAGAGGAUGAGUGUACGGACUAGCGAUGUCUCGACCGUUGUCGGUCGGGCUGUUAAAUAGCAGCGACUAGCGCUUUUGGGUUAAAGUGAGUUGGGAUGAUUUCUGAGGGGAAUGGGAAGUAUGUAAGUAGAAGACAGUCCCCAGAUGACUGUGGACUCCUGAACAGGUCAGGCCCAGGGCUGCGCCAAAUCCGUUAAGAGUCUCAGCUGCACGCUGGAUUAUGGGCUGAGCCACUAGGUGGCAGUAAAGGGUUUCAGACAGACAACACACACAUUAGCAUUUCAGCGAGGUGUUUAAUUUGCCUUUGGGUGACAUGCUAUUUCAUAUCAAAUUUUUUUUCUAGGUUUUUCUUUUGUUUGUUGUUUUGUUUGUUUUUGUAUGUGAGAAUAUGUACAGUUUUGCAUGUCAUAGGUGUAAUCACUUGUUUUUAGGACAAAAAGCUGGAUUUUCCACCUUAUGUUUAUUAUUAUUAUUAAUAUUAUUAUUAUUAUAUUGAGUUGAUUUGAUUGUGUUUUGAAUGGUUGGCAAGUGGAAGCGGACAGCCCACUACAAUGAUGUAGAUUCUUUUGUUUUCCUUUGCACAGAAAUAUUUAAGGUGGAAUGUUUAAGGUGGAAUGUUCUAAGACUUUGGUGUAUGGGACAGACCACCUCCAUUCUUUCAUGUGGAAAAAAAAAGCAUAAUAACCUGACUUUGGCAUAUUUCAAUAAAAUGGGGAACUGUU